AUGAGCCUUCUUUCCUCCUCUCGAUCUAUCACUAGAACCGCUGCCUUAUCCUCUACCAUCCCCCAUCCUGUCGUCUCCCGCAACAUGGCUACCGCAGCUGCUCAGCUUCAUGCCCAGAGUCUUCCAGAUGCUUCUGGUAUUCCCCCUGGGCAUGCUGCCACAGUGGGCAAUCUGCAGACUUUUGUCUUGCCCGAAAAAGUGUCUGGCAGCGCAGAAGACAAAAAGCUGGGAAAGGCAAUCAUUGAUGCCUGGAAGAAAGAUGGUAUUUUGCAAAUUGCCAUGAAGCCAGAACAAGAGGGUUUGUAUAAGGCUGCUAACCUGGCAAGCAAGAGGUUUUUUAGUAAGCCUUAUGCCCAAAAGUCUGCCUGUAUCGACAGUCAGACUUACUCGGGCUACAUCGCCAGUGGUGAGGAGCUCACUGAUGGUAUCGCCGAUUACAGCGAGAUCUUCACUGUCACUAAGGAUCUCGAUAUUGACGAGCCCCGAGUGGUCGCGAAGUGGCCGUGCCAUGGCCGUUGCCCUUGGCCCGACUAUGAGAUGCAGAACCCUAUGGAGCGCUACAUGAAGAGUCUGGGAGAAAGUGGCGAGACGCUCCUGAAGCUCACCGAACUAGGUCUUGACGUGCCUGAAGGGUCUCUCACCGAUUACACUAAAGAUGGAUGGCAUCACAUGAGAAUCCUUCGCUUCCCUGCCAUGAACAAGACCAACGGAAAGGGCAAGGAAGGUCGUGGGAUUGGCUCUCACACAGAUUACGGACUCCUCGUUCUUGCAGCUGCUGAUGACGUCGGAGCCCUGCUUGUCCGCCCUCCUCAGAAGGGAGAUAACUUCGCGAACUGGGAAGCAAGUGCAGCAGGUUUCAAAGAAGACGACGAAGGCUGGUUGUUUGUGCCUCCGGCAAAGAACGUGUUCACCGUUUUCCCAGGUGACAUGAUGCAAUAUCUUACCAACUCGUUCCUCCCAUCCACACCCCACAAAGUUGGUCUCAAUCAUCGGGAGAGGUUUGCCUUUGCCUACUUCCAUGAACCGAGCUUCCAAGCUACUAUCAAGCCCCUUCCUGGUUAUGACGCUGGCCAGGAACCCAAGGAAGGAGUACACUAUGGCAAGCACUUUACUGAUAUGUUUAUGAGAAACUACCCUCAACGAAUCACUACCCAGAGAUUGCUAGAUGAGGGGCGGUAUGAUCUCUUGAAGCAGGAGGCUCUUCACACCAUGUCUCCUUGA